AUACGGUAACGAGAUCUGUAUUCAAUUCUCGCUCAAUCUGAUAUUUCGGUAGAAUGACAAAUUUUGUAUUCGGUGACGAGAUCUGUAUUCAAUUGUUGAUAUUUUUGUCGAAGCGCGGAUUCUGUAUUCGACUCUAGCUUUGCUCAAUUAUAGUACAAUGAUGACUACUUAAACCAAGACCACUGGUUAGUUAUACAGUACUAUUUACUUUACCAAAGAGUUAGAUAACAAACACAAAGCUCCAAUCUUUGCUCAUCUAUUUCCACGCUCAAGACCCAUAAUUAUUAUCAGUUUUAAAGAAUAAUGAGCACUGAAUUCAUGAUUCUGUCUCUUCUACUUGCACUUCAAAUAUUUAUAGUAGUAUGUAUGACCACAGCCUCAGCCUCCUCAGCUCCUGAACCAACUACUAAGAACUCUACAGAAUCAUGUCCCAUAGAUUUUGGUUAUGUUUCAAGAGUGCCAUGGCCAAUCUCUGAUUGUAAAGAAGUUCCAAACACAUCUCAAAGUACCAACAGAAGCCAGUGCUGUCAAACACUCCUCAGUCUUUUUGGAAUAGGCAUUGCUCAACAUCUCAAAAGAACUUCUUUUUUUCAGCUACCAAAUUUGCCCAUUUCAGUUUCAUGCAUCUCUGAUUUUCAGUCAAGGUUGAGUUCUUUGACUCUUCCCCAUGAUCUUACAUCUUCUUGCAUGGACCCUGGUCAGUUCAUCCUUAAGCCCAACAUUUGUGCUUCGAUUCAGUCCACGAAAGACUGGAGGGCCAAGCUGGGAUCAUCAACUGCACUUGACACAGCUUGCAAGCCAGACCUCACUCAGCUCACUGCAUGUGAUGCAUGCGUGGCAGCCGGAUUACGUGUUCAGGCUGAUCUGGUGGCAGUUGAUGGUAAUAGAUCUCAUACUACUGAGUGUUUUUACUUUACAGUUUUAUAUGCUGCUGGUGUAGUCAAUAAAUUUGGACCUGAGAGUAAAGGGACUGCUGCUUGUAUAUUUGGCCUUUCUGUCGAAAAAGAUUCCAAGGGAAAGAGCCGUGUACCUUUGAUUUUAGGCCUGGCUGGAGGGUGGGCUGCAGUUUUGAUCAUAGCUUUGCCAUUAGGACUGUACUUCUGGUUUGAAAGGAAGAAGAGAAUAGAGAUGGCUAGAAGGUGUGCUAUGGAUGAUAAUGGGGAAUCAGGGUCUAGACCACGAGUCCGGCCUAAUACUGGUUCCAUAUGGUACAAAAUUCAUGAGCUUGAAGUAGCUACUGAUAAGUUUUCGGCAAAGAAUUUUAUUGGCAGGGGUGGUUUUGGAAUGGUCUAUAAAGGAAUAUUGUCUGAUGGAAGUGUUGUUGCUGUUAAGAAGGUUCUUGACUCGGAUUUUCAAGGAAAUGCAGAGUUCUGUAAUGAAGUUGAGAUAAUUAGUAACUUGAAGCAUCGGAACCUUGUGCCACUUAGAGGUUGUUGUGUGACAGGUGACGACAAGGAUGAUGAUGAGAAGGAGGAAGACAGGUACCUUAUCUACGAUUACAUGCCUAAUGGAAAUCUUGAAGAUCAUUUGUUUCCUUCUCAGAGUGGAAAUGGAAAGAAUCCAUUGUCAUGGCCUCAAAGGAAAAGCAUUAUCUUGGAUGUAGCAAAGGGCCUAGAAUAUCUUCACUACGGUGUUAAACCAGCUAUCUAUCAUAGAGACAUCAAGGCCACGAAUAUACUUCUAGAUGCAGGAAUGAGGGCAAGAGUUGCAGAUUUUGGUUUAGCAAAACAAAACAGAGAAGGUCAGUCUCAUUUGACUACUAGAGUGGCAGGCACACAUGGGUACUUAGCCCCAGAAUACGCCCUCUACGGACAGUUGACAGAGAAGAGUGAUGUUUAUAGCUUUGGAGUGGUUCUGCUGGAGAUUAUGUGUGGGAGAAAAGCACUUGAUCUAUCUUCCACCGGGUCACCUCGUUCAUUCUUGAUCACGGAUUGGGCAUGGUCACUUGUGAAAGCUGGAAAAUUAGAUCAGGUUCUAGAUGCUACUUUACUGAGAGAUGAAGAUCCAGAGAGUGCAAAUCCAAAGGGGAUAAUGGAAAGGUUCAUACUUGUCGGGAUAUUGUGUGCUCAUGUUAUGGUGGCUUUCAGGCCUACAAUCGUAGAGGCACUAAAAAUGCUUGAAGGAGAUAUUGAGGUUCCUGCAAUAUCAGAUAGGCCAAUGCCCAUUGCUCAUCCUUCACAUUAUCGCGAUGGAAACACUUUCAGCAUAUCUCCAGCAGUGAGUAGGCUGCAGCUAAAUAGCGGAGACUUGCUCAGAUAACUUAAGAACCAUCCCCCCUCCAGCUGACAAGUAACUGCAAGAUAGUAUAGGAAUUCUGUAAUUCCACAUAUGCUCAAUCGUAUCCAACAGAUCAUUCGUUUUUAGUUUGUAGUACAUAAUAUUGUCAAUCUGGAACAAAUGCAUGUCAGAUUUUGAUAAUCGCGUUCUGUAUACUAGUUUUAAUCUACUUUUUUGUAGCUUUUGUCUAUUGUUUUGUACUUAAGUAUAGCAGCAAGCUUGCAAAUCUGCUUGCUGCUGUAAUGCCUUCUCGAAUUUUUAGUGGCAUCAUCCUGCAAAUAAUAUACCUGUUGUUAUGUGCG